AUGCAGGGGGAUUAUCGGGACGACAUAUUUGCAAUCGCGAUCGUAGCUCAUUUUGUUGCGUUAUUUUUUUUUUGGUGGUUCCAGAGGCAACAUUUCCAGGCACAAAUAAAGUUAGAAGUACGAGCUCAGGUUCUCCGAGAUCUGCUGCAUACUCCAGCAGAGCAGCGAUCGACCCGAGUUUUAGAUCUAUGUUUCUUCGCCGUGGCAAAUUCUCUCAUCUCGAAGCAGUUUCAUACCAACAAUCCACCUAUAAAUUCCGAAGAUUUUAACACACUUGAAUUGAGGCUACAUUUGGCAGAAAGAAUUAAGGAGUCUGAGGCAAAGGUGCGUGGCAAAAUUGAAAUAGGGGCUCGGAGUUUUGUAGCACUGACGAGGAAGGAAGAAAAACAGUUUGUGGAAGGUAUGAAAAAGUUGAUCAAGGGAUGGACUAUGGAGAUGGACAGUGAUGAGGAAUGCCAUCUCCCAGGCGUACACUAUUCAACAGGAUUUGAAAAGGAGAUCAAAUAUAUUAAAAAAUGGAUUGAGGAUCAGAACAAGGAGAAGGUGGAAGAAGUAUAA